AUGGCUACUUUUUACAAUACGACAACAGCAGAAAAUCAGCAGGAAGUAAAGGACGAGGAGCACUGGUUUUUUGAUAACAAUCAUCUGAAACAGCAAAACGAACUGUAUAACAUUGUUCCGUCAAACACAACAUCCAACUCGACUACAACAACAGCGACCACGGCUACGAACGAUUUCAACCUGGACUCUUAUCCUUGGUCAAUCAAACCUCUUUCUCCACCGAUGGCAAAGAAUGAACAAACAACAACAACAACAUCUCCUGUUUCAUAUCGUCCAUCUACCAGCACCAGUCAUUCAGGAGUUGCUUGGCAUGCACUCUGGAGCUCAUCGACAUGGCAGAACAGCAAUGCUACUACAGCUGCUGCGACGGAGCCGCAAAAGAGAAGUCGCUCCUUCUCGUCUAUGCAAGUGCCCUCGUCAUAUUACGACACUUCUCCUACUGCGGAUGAUUACUUUUAUCGUGCUCAUCGCAGCAGCAUUGGUAGUGGUCAGCAAGAUUACAGCAGCUUCAAUAAAUCACCUCUUCCAUCUCCGCUGGCUUCAAGUGGUUUCAUGGCAAAUGAUGCUGAUAAAACGUCUAUCUGGUCGUUUGAUUACAACAACAAUCCUUUGAUGAGGUUGGACGAUCGUCGUCAUUCAAUUGCUGUAACACAGCAGCAUUAUGUUAGACCCAUCACGCCUCCUCCAUCGCAUCCACUUCAACAGCGACCAAAGCAAAAGCAACAGCAACAAUAUCCAGUUCAACAUCUCGUACAGCAAUUGCAGCAACAGCAGAUUGACGAGUAUUUCAGCCCAACCACAGCUGCCAUUGAUGUCCAGUACCUAGGAAAGGGACUCCCUAUAGACCAACUUGAACCUGGACAGACUGUGUACUUGGUGCAAUUCAAGGGCGAUUACAGAUCAGAUUGGUUUUAUGUACAGCACGAUGACAAGAUUCGCAUUCAAUUGAACGAAAUGGUGAUUGUUGAAGCAGACCGUGGCUAUGAUUUGGGUAAAGUCAUUGAUACCAGCCAAACAUCUUGUUUAGAAAAGGGCGUAACAAGUGUCAAACGUAUCUUUCGCCAUGCAAAUCCCGCUGAACUGGCUACGCAUCAAUUGAAACAACAAGAUGAACACAAGGCGUUGGUUAUUUGUCAAGCCAAAAUCAAGCAAAAGAAUUUAAACAUGGAAGUCGUGGAUGCCGAAUAUCAAUGGGACAGACGCAAAUUGACAUUUUACUUCAAGGCAAAUGAGCGUAUUGACUUUCGUGAAUUGGUUCGCGAACUGUUCAAAAUAUACAAGACUCGUAUUUGGAUGUGUGCCUAUGCUUCUGUGGACCACUAA